UUUGCCGGAUGCGGCUCCUCGGUCCUCCUAUGAUCAGCUGACCGAGCAGCUCUGAGCGUCUUUAGGACGAACAGGCGAAACGAGUCAAGAAGAGGGUUAUUUCUGCGUUUUAUUCUCCACAGAGGGAACGGUUUACCACUCAGCCCCACUGUUAGUGGGAAAUGCUCCAGUAGGCCCGCUGUUUUUGACACAUCACCAUAAUGUCGGGGAACAACUUGGUUCUACCCAUAGUGCUCUGGGGCCGCACGGCUCCCACCCACUGCAUCAGCAGCCUGCUGGUGAUGGAUGACUUUAGCACCAUCAUCACCGGCUGCCACGAUGGACAGAUCUGUCUCUGGGACAUGACGCCUGAGCUGGAGAUUUGUCCCAGGGCAAUGCUGUUUGGUCACACAGCCUCCAUCACCUGCCUGUCUAAAGCGAGUGCGUGCAGUGACAAACAGUACAUCGUCAGUGCAUCUGAGAGCGGGGAGAUGUGUCUGUGGGACGUGAACGACGGACGCUGUAUUGAGUUCACAAAGCUGGCAUGUGCUCACAUUGGCAUACAGUACUACCAGUUCACCAUUGGGACUCAGAGGGAGGGGCGUCUCCUCUGUAAUGGCCACUACCCAGAAAUCUUGGUGGUGGAUGCCACCAGCCUGGAGGUCCUGUACUCGCUGGUGUCUAAGAUCUCUCCUGACUGGAUUAGCUCUAUGAGCAUCAUCCGAUCCCACCGCACACAAGAGGACACGGUUGUGGCUGUGUCAGUGACGGGCAUCCUGAAGGUCUGGAUCAUAACACCUGAGGUCAGCAGAAUGCAGGACUUGGACCCUGUCUUUGAAGAGGAGUCCAAACCGAUCUACUGUCAGGGCUGUCAGAGCAUCUCCUUCUGCACCUUCACUCAGAGCAGCCUGCUGGUCGUGUGCUCCAAAUACUGGAGGGUGUUUGAUGCGGGCGAUUACUCCCUGCUCUGCUCGGUGUCCAACGACAACGACCAGUCCUGGACGGGAGGUGAGUUCAUCGCCGCGGACAAAGUCAUCAUCUGGACCGAGGAUGGCUGCAGCUACAUCUACAAGCUGCCAGCCAGCUGCCUGCCUGCUAGUGAGCAUUUCCGCAGUGACGUUGGGAAAACCAAAGAAGGUUCGAUCCCUCCGCUGGUGUACCGCAUCGCUGAUCGCUCAGACAAACAGCUCCUCAUCUGCCCUCCUGUGACCCGCUUCUUCUUCAGCCGGAGGGAGCCCUUCCAUAAGCUGCUGAUCCAGGGGGACUCGGCGGGCAGAAUGUCCCUGUGGAGCAUCCCGGACACCUCGCCUCUGCAGCCACAGUCCACCUCCGCAGAGCUGCAGGUGUCAUUCACCAUCAGCCUGCAAGAGGCGUUUGAUAAGCUGACCCCAGUGUCCUCGGGGAUCAUCGACCAGCUCAGCGUCCUGCCAGGCAAAGACGAACCCAUUAAGGUGACAGCCAGCGUCUACAUCCCCUCUCAGGGGCGCCUGGUGUGUGGGAGAGAAGACGGCAGCAUCAUCCUCGUUCCCGCCACUCAGACGGCCAUCGUCCAGCUGCUGCAGGGCGAGCACAUGCUCAGGAGAGGCUGGCCGCCUCACCGCACCCUACGAGGCCACCGCAACAAGGUGACCUGCGUCCUGUACCCAUACCAGGUCUCGCCACGCUACGACCAGCGCUCGCUGGUGUCUGGGGGAGUAGACUUCUCCGUCAUUGUCUGGGAUAUUUUCACCGGGGAGAUGAAGCACAUCUUCUGCGUCCACGGAGGGGAGAUCACGCAGCUCAUCGUUCCGCCAGAAAACUGCAGCACUCGGGUGCAGCACUGCGUCUGCUCGGUGGCCAGCGACCACUCUGUCGGCCUGCUCAGUCUCCGGGAGAGGAAGUGCAUCAUGCUCGCGUCGCGGCACCUUUUCCCCAUCCAAGUAAUCAAGUGGCGCCCGGCAGACGACUACCUGGUGGUGGGCUGCUCUGACGGCUCUGUGUACGUCUGGCAGAUGGACACAGGAGCGUUGGACCGCUGUGUGAUGGGAAUAACUGCAGUAGAGAUCCUUAAUGCCUGUGAUGAGCUGGCUCCAGCUACUGUGGACGCUCUGAGCCACUCGGCGGUGAACCUGAAGCAGGCGAUGACCCGCCGCAGCCUGGCCGCACUGAAGAACAUGGCUCAACACAAACUGCAGACGCUUGCCACCAACCUGCUGGCUGCAGACAACGCUGACAAGGGCAACUUACCGAAAUAUUCCCACAAUGCCUUGGUGGUCCAGGCGAUGAAGACCAACCUGACGGACCCUGACAUGCAUGUGCUAUUCUUUGACGUGGAGGCGGUGAUCAUCCAGCUGCUGACGGAGGAAGCUCAGAGACCGAACCCCAUGCUGGUGUCCCCAGAGACGCUACAGAAGAGCCAGGCUGGCGCCGAUAAGGGCGGGUCCUUGUUGGCUCAUAAAAUCUUCAAACAGGUGAAGGAGACCAUGAAGGAGACCAUUAAGGAGCACCUAUUAGAUGAAGAUGAGGAUGAAGAGGAGGAGAUGAGGAGGCGCGAGGAGAAGUCCAAGUCUCUGAGUCUGCUGGAGUAUAACCUGACGAUGGACACAGCCAAGCUCUUCAUGUCCUGUCUGCACGCCUGGGGUCUCAACGAACAGCUGGACACCAUCUGUCUGGAGCGACUGGGCAUGCUCAGACCACACUGCCCAAUCUCCUUCGGCUUGAUCUCCAGAGGAGGCCACAUGUCCCUCAUGUUGCCCACCUUCAAGGAGUCUUUGCUUCGUCAGCUCUCCCUGGCGACAGGUCGGAAGCUAUCUCUGUCAGACAUAGUGGGGAAGGGGACAUAUGGCGUGUCGAGGGCCGUCACCACACAUCACCUCCUCUCCGUCAUCUCACUGGCCAACACUCUGAUGGGCAUGACCAACGCCACCUUUGUUGGAGAGCACAUGAAGAAAGCACCGGCCAGGCCUCCCAGACCAGGAGGAACCCCGGAGACUCCUCGCCGGACGCCUGCCGCCCCCCCUCAGCCCUCCAACCCGGCGCUACAGGCCCAGAUCAAACAAGGAUGGAGCCAGCUGGCGGCCAUGCACUGCGUGAUGCUCCCUGACCUACUUGGCUUGGACAAAUUCAGACCGCCACUGCUGGAGAUGCUGGCGAGGAGAUGGCAGGACCGCUGUCUGGAGGUACGAGAAGCAGCCCAGGCUCUUCUCUUGGCUGAACUGAGGAGGAUCGGCCAGUCAGGACGCAAAGAAACCAUUGACCUGUGGGCUCCAUACUUGCCCCAGUAUGUCGACACAGUCAGCUCCCCUGGAACAACCACAGACACUCCCCCUCCAGCCCCGCCGCCACCAGAGGCUCAGCCAGUAGAAACCAAGGCUCCUGAGGAGGAAAUGGACGUCACUGAUGAUGACAUCACAGCAGGUUGUCUGUCUAACCUCCCGCCAAACGCGAAGAAGAUCUCCAACUCUUACGAGGAGCGCCGUAAACAGGCCACUGCCAUCGUCCUUCUGGGUGUCAUUGGGGCUGAAUUUGGCGCAGAGAUCGAACCCCCGAAGGGCUUGGCCCGGGCUCGAGCUGGUGGACAGGCACCCGAAGGUUUUGGACUGACCAGCGGAGGAUCGUCCAACUACUCCCUGGCCAGACACACCUGUAAGGCCCUGACCUUCCUGCUGCUGCAGCCCCCCAGCCCCAAGCUGCCUGCCCACAGCACCAUCCGCCGCACCGCCAUCGAUCUGAUUGGUCGAGGCUUCACCGUGUGGGAGCCGUACAUGGACGUGUCGGCGGUGCUCAUGGGACUGCUGGAGCUGUGCGCUGAUGCCGAGAAGCAGCUCGCCAAUGUCACCAUGGGUUUGCCCCUCAACCCUCCAGCAGAUUCGGCCCGUUCAGCCCGCCACGCCCUCUCUCUUAUUGCCACAGCCCGGCCGCCUGCCUUCAUCACCACCAUUGCAAAAGAGGUUCAUCGGCACAAUGCCGCUCAGGCGAACUCUCAGUCACAGCAGAACGUUCACACGACCACUCUGGCCAGAGCCAAGACAGAGAUCCUGCGAGUGAUCGACAUCCUGAUUGAGAAGAUGCCUGGAGACGUCGUGGAUCUUCUGGUUGAAGUGAUGGAUAUCAUCAUGUACUGUAUUGAAGGUUCUCUGGUGAAGAAGAAAGGACUACAGGAAUGUUUCCCUGCUAUUUGCAAGUUCUACAUGGUUGGUUACUGCGACCGCAGUCACCGCAUCGCUGUCGGAGCUCGCCAAGGUUCAGUGGCCCUCUACGAUGUCCGCACGGGGAAAUGUCAGAACAUUCAUGGUCACAAAGGUCCAAUCACAGCGGUAUCAUUCGCCCCUGAUGGCCGUUAUCUGGCAACCUACUCAAACGCUGACAGCCAUAUCUCCUUCUGGCAGAUGAACACCAGUCUGCUGGGCAGCAUUGGAAUGCUGAACUCUGCUCCUCAGCUUCGCUGCAUCAAAACGUACCAGGUUCCUCCGGUCCAGCCAGCCUCCCCAGGCUCCCAGAACCACCUGAAGCUUGCCCGUCUCAUCUGGACCUCCAACCGCAAUGUCAUCCUGAUGGCCCAUGAUGGCAAGGAGCAUCGCUUCAUGGUCUAAAUCCAAGCUGUAUUUACUACUGACAGACCUGGGCCUGGUAGGAGGUUUUUACUUUGAAGCAGACUCUAGAAAGCUACACUCUGGAUUUAUUUGGUGGUUAUUUUGGUAUUUGCAGUUCAGAUGAUAUUUUAGAGGCCAAGUCUUAGAGUUAAGAGAUUUGAAGUAUGAUCAAAACUAAUAGUUAAGGUAAAAAUCUGAAGGAAUGAUAAAAGCCCAGCUCAGGCCCAGGUUUGGACCAGAUUCAUGUUCUCAUUUUAUCUCCUGCAGUAAUCAUUGUGAGGAAAGUGACUGUGUGAUAUCUUUAUAGGCCGUGAUAGAAGGCUUGUUUACAUGAUUUGCAUUGAUGUAUUUUUAAUAAUUUACACUUUGCCAUUCCUUAUUUAUUUGCCGUUGAUGCUGGAUGUCACAGACCCUCCAAACCUUUGCUGUUCAUUUAAGUCUCCUUUUUCAUUUUUUAUUUUAUUUCAGUUCCAGUAAUUGGAUCACUUGAUUAUUAAAUGUUUUCUAUGUAUGGCAGGUAUUUACUUUGGUGAUUAAACUUUGAUUAAAAUGUGUAUUUUGGGGCGUAGAAAAUGGUGAAAGGAAUUAGUGUGGCCUCUGGCCUUAGGUACGCUCCGACCUCUGUAAGACCAGUACAUGCAUUUCACCUUUCAAGCUGCACAAAUGUGCGUGUGCGCGUGUGUGAGUAUUUUUGUGACACCUUGGAAGCUUUUGAAACCUCUCUGGCUUCACACAGAAGUGUUUGUGUGUGUGUGUCUGCACCCAAGUGUAUUUUCACUGUUAAACACACAUUCUCACUUCAGACUGCUCGUCCUGAAAGUCCCGUUAAAGCUUUGGGGGUUGGAGGUGUAGCUGCUCUUACUGCAGAUAUGUAAAAGGAGACAAAUUAAUGCUAUUUUGGUGCCCUUUAAAUUUACAUUAAGUUAGAUACAUCAUCAGUGGUUACCAGUAAUGGGUUUUUGUAGUUUUUUUUUUUUUUUUUUUUUUUUGUUAAUGGCAAAGCUCAGUUUAGUUUUAGGUCAUUUUUAAGAAAAAAAAAAUCAUAUUUCUUGUGUUUGUUAAUGUCACUUGUCGCAUGACCUUUUACCCCUCGUUUUGUAUGUCAACUGGUUCUUAGCUGGCUGAUCCUCAACCUUCAGCACCUUCAUAAAGCAAAAUAUUCACUCUUUGGUCUAAAAUAUCUAAUGAAAUUCUUCUAUUUCCUCCUCUUCAUAUUAUGGUUGAUCAUUCCAUUCUCCUCCACGAGGUUUCAGAGGACAUUUAUGAGUAUUUAAGAAAGGGAAAAGCUCUCCUGGAAGUUUAUAAUUUAAAGUAAACAAUUUGAGUUUGUUUUUUGUUUUUCUUUAACCAGAUUCUGUGCUUCUACGCAAAUGUUGCUUUAAUUCCGACUGUUAUACCUUUCUUCUUCUGACAAUUUUGAGUAAUCCACCUCCCAUCUGACUAUUUGAAAGUGUACCCUGUUUGUUGUAUCACCAAAGUAGACAAACUAUUUUGUUCCACUUGAAAUAAUCAAACUACAAAGUUAAAUAGAUUAGUAGGUACCGGUCACCAUCAUCGCAAAGCUCAGUUUACUAACCAUUUUAUAUGUUGAUAGCAUGAAAUUGGCCAUUAUUCAUCUUUUGUGUGGCUUCCUUUUGUUAAUCUAUGCCUUAUAAUUAAAUAACUGAGCCUUUUUGAUGUGGAAAUUUGGCUUUUUGUCUUGGAAAGAAAACAAGCCAAGCGGCUAAGCAAAAUGUAGACAUUUUGAUUUAAACUGCCAAAUGAACCACAACCAUUUUUUAUUCUUCCAGUGAAAUCAUUCCUAUCACUUCCACAAAGUUUCUCUGGACUUUGUUUCUCUUUUCAAAGGCUAAAAAUUCUGGAGGUUUAUACAUUUAAAACAAAUGUUUUAAAAAGCUCAUGUUUUUUUCCACUGGAUUGUUUCUUUGCAGAGGACAACACUGUAUAUUUGACAGUUGCACGUGAAAUCAUCGUCCUCUUCUUGCAAUUCACAUCUGACUUUUGAAAUAUAUCUAUGACUAUAAAUUUGUCCAUAUUCAGCCAACAUAUCCUCAGAGCCAUUGCGCAAUGUAUGUAGGCUGUUCAUGUUGUACAGUGAGCUGAGCAUCUGUCCUGUUUUGUAAGUAUUGUGGCUAAUUUGGCGAAUUUCCACUUUUCCAUUCCACAAUUUCCCGUCCAUUUUCAAGCCUCUGCCAGCAGUUUUGUUUUUUGUUUUUUUUUAAACCAUGAAUCACUUCUUUUGGAAAAUGUGCUUUUCCUAUUGGUUAACAAGAAGGACCAAAUUUAUUUAGGAUUAGAUAAAAGAGCCAAAAUGGAAAAGUCGUCUUAUGACACUAAAAAUACAUGAUGCAGUGGUACAUUUAUAUUUUAAAUGCUGCUAUCAUUCUGGAUUUACAUUGUUUGCCCCAAGCCAAGUACAACCAUCACCUCUUAGGAGAAAGGUGACUAAAUUUAACAAUAGCAAACUAGCAGAAGUUGCACAUACUGAUUUUGCCAUUCUGCAGGGGGAUAAACAAACUCUACGGUGUUGGUGCAUGAUUACGUCGAUGUUAGGGGUGCUUAGAGAUGCAACAAAGGACAUUUCCAACGGCAUAAUUUUACAUCAGUUUUUGAGCUCUAUUCUUUGUGGUUGAUGUCACAUUUUUGCACAAUAUUACUUUAAAAAAAAUUAACUGUUUUAGUACUCAGUUUUAUUCAGAAAGUGAAUUCUAUCUAUAUAUAAAUAUAUAUGCAAAUAUAUUUAUAGUGUUUUCUGUCAGUUGUACUGAGCUUAGAUUUUUGUGACUCUUGCAAAAUGCUCAAACUUGCUUUCCUUCUAUUUUCUCCACUCGUCAUUCUCCUCUCUCCAUCUCCUGUCAGUUUCAUUAGUGCAGUCAGAAAGCUUCUAACACCGAUACACACCUGUAAACCCGGGCGUGUCAAAGCUUUUCACAAGUUCCUCCAGCAUUUCGUCAGACUGCUUCUUUUUGAAAACACGCACACACAAACAGUCCACCAGGUCCUGACAGCUUUGAGAUCUUAAUCUUUCGUUUUCUCCGGCACACUUAACAGUUUGGAAAAAAUAUGUUUUUGGCAGCCUCUCGAGGGAGGAAGGGUGAGGAAAAAUGAAGGAGGCAGAGAGGAAGAGCUGAGGAGUAAAUAACAAGUGAGGAAGAUCAGGUCAUCCAGCCAGAAAAAGAGGUUCUGCUGUGAAGGUACUGAACCAAAAUGGUUAGAACCUUCUGGGGAUUUUUCUUUUUUAAACACAUGAGGUACAUUUGCUGGAAAUAUUCAAACUGGAGAUGGUAAAACUCAUCUUUACCCAGCUGUUUACAACAAAGUGAAGCAGUCUUGUUACUUUAAUAUAGAAAUUCUCCCAUUUUCUGCUUACAUUUUCUUCUUCUUGUACAGCCGAAUACCUGCUUUCUUACUUGCAGUCUACACUAAACAAUAUCGGUGUUUCUUACUCAUUUUAGUUUGGUUUUAUUUAUUGUUUACAGGCACCUCCGUCUACAUAUUUAAGAGUGUGUGAUGUAUUGCAUGUAUGAGCUUAACGUGAUGUAACAGAGCAGGUUGAUUCUACUGUGCAUCCUAUAAAUGUGCUGUGUAAAACUGUGUUGUCAUCAUGUCCAAUAAAGAUGAAAAUGUGACUGUGGUUGUCAAA